AUGGGCAUUUGCCCAGAUCUAAAGCAAUAUUUGCUAACUCCGCUUAUGAGCCGCCUUUGCUCUCCCCCACUUGCCCCCACCGGUAUGUACGGUGUCGUCAUUCACAUGAUUGCGGGUCUGGGCGUUUUUUUAGAAGGCUUGGACAAACUGUAUACCCCGAGGGUGGUAUGUCGUAUCGAGCUAGUGUCAAAAUCAGAAACUGGCGCCGACGAACUGAAAACUGGUAGUCAAUCCCUCUGGAACUAUAAUUUACUAUGCCAACAUACACUACGAGCGGAUGAAAACGCCGUGCGCAUACUAUCCGGUAUUCAUCUUCUCAGCAAGUACCUGCAGCCCGUGCGUCUUGGCCGAUCUGAACCGGACGUAUAG